GUGGCACAUUCAGCAGAUAAGAGCAAGAUACUUCUAAUAGCUAUUAUCUCUAUUGAAAGAGCCUUGAAAGUUACCAAGUAUUCUCAUUUGGCUGGUAAUAGUCUCUAGACGAUAGAUAACUUACAUCUUAGUAUCUGAGUGAAACGAAUCCACCAUGGCCCAUCCAUCAAAAGAGAGUCAAUCCUCAGUUCCCUCUGUAGGUAAAUAGAUUUCCAUAAGAAAAGUAGCAGUCAGUGUGAAUAUAGGUAGUGGGGUUCACUAUUAUUACCAACCUAGCCACAUGUAAGAUCUAAAUCCGGGGAAAAGUUGAUGUAAGCUAGUUAGAGAUUCAGCCCGCUACUAGGCAUUGAUUGACGACUUAAUACUAGUGAUACGUGAGCUAUUAUUACGCUACUAUUGCACUACUCAAACUUACAAUAGGGAGGUAAUGGGCCCAACGACAGAUAAUUAAUGAGGUAAAUGAGGACUCCAAGUCGUAGCCACCAAGAUUGUCUAAAAAUCUCGUUGUAGAUCUAAUCUGAGUCAAUUUUCCGAAAUACUUUGAAACGAGUUCAAAAUAGGAUUUUUUUUUUUGGAUAUUUCGUAGACUGUGUUAAGCGUUAAGACUAUUUAUAUAUCAUGUUCUUUAUUUCUGGUGCUGAGCUUCUCCUUGGCAGUUUACAUUGUGAGAGUUGAGGACUAGCACUACUUGAGUGUCACUAUUCAAACUUCUUGACCAUAUUCACCCAGGAAAACGCGAAUAGAACUUCUUUUUAGGUUCAAUCUCUUUCAUUUUUGGGCUUGAUCUAUCUCACGUCAUAUUAUCACCAUAACUGUGAUAACUACGGCUUCAAGCAGUUUGAUGCUAUGCUGCAAGGAAUGUUGCAUGCUGGUAAUGUGGAUGCGGUAGUAUCUCUAUUACAUUGUCAUUUUGCUGAGCUUCUAAAAGUGGAAACGUCGAAUUUGAGCCAGCAGCGUGAAGACGGGUUCUGGACUGUUGGACUGUUAGAAUUUGAUGUCUUACUCACCGAUAACCAGGUUAUAGGAUGCGCAGCCAUGUGCAAUGUCUCGUACCCAGAGGCAAAGCCAGGGAGUCCUUUAGAUAAAGUUCCAUUCCCAGGUAGAUAAGCAUAAUCACAAUGGAGCAGAGCAAAUUUGUAAAUCUAACUCAAGUAAACAAAAUGGGGAAGUCAUUCGAUUAUAUUCUAUACUCCUAUAUUGAGGCAGCAAAUGGCUUUGCUGUGGAAAAAUAUAGGAUAUGGCUAAGCAUCAAAGGGAAGUCCGAAAGUCGCCAAGUCGCAAAUUCAAUCAAUUGAGCGAGAAUGGUGAUAGUUAGAUAUUCAGACAUGCAACAAAACAAAACAAAACUCUUUAUCGUUUACUUUCUUUUAUCAGGACUGAGGAUGGGAUGAAAGUAAAUAUUGAGGUCAAGAGGCGAAGGACUCGCUUUCUUUUAGCUUCACUACCAACAUAUUCACCGACACCAUUUUCCACUUCGUAUGUGGGAAAAUAAGGGUAGAUACGGAGAGAUAGAGGAAAUGUGAAUACGAUUGCAAGUAUUAACUCUCGCAUAGCCCGGUAGCUGCACAAUGCUGGAUUCGCCCUCUGGAAGAAGAGUCGUAUUUUCAUUCAGACCAUUAAGUACCUAAGAUUAGGAUAUAACAAGGGCUAGAUUCAAUACCUAACUACCUAAGUAUGUAGUCAAUUAAAAUCCAAGUCUGCUAUAACACGGCCAUGAUAAAUAUAAUUUUGGAAUUAUCAAAUCUAUAGACCUCCGGCAAUCUCUCGUCAUUGAAACUUGGCC